AUUCCCACCGUUAAAGGAAGGGAGGCCACUGUUAAUUCAACAUGGCGGCCUCCUUGAGGCAAUGGCUGUGUCGCCAAAUUCCAAAUCAACAAAUUUAUGUUCUUCGAACAGCUGCACUUUCGGUUGUCAAGCGCUCCUAUAAGACCGUCCAGAUACGUAAAGUUUUGAGAGAGGAAAAAUUAAACAAGUCUGUAACUAUCAAGGGCUGGGUGAAAGCCGUUCGGUGGCACAAAGAAUUGACUUUUCUUCAAGUCUGUGAUGGCUCAGGCCCUGAACAUCUACAAGUUGUCAUGCCAGAGUCCGUGGUCACUCGAUGUGGCGAUGUUACAUUUGGCAGCUGUGUCAGUGUGGAAGGCACUCUAGUUGAGAGCCAGGGAAAAGGUCAGAAGCUGGAGCUGUUGUCAUCUGCUGUGCACGUUGUCGGUGGUUGUGAUCCUUACGAUUUUCCCCUGAAGCAGCGUACCCGACACCCACCCCAGUACACCAGAGACUUUCUGCACAUGAGACCAAAGUCCAAUUUGUUUGGGUCUCUGUUACGAAUCAGGAAUGCUGCUUCCAUGGCAGUUCAUCAGUACUUUCAGAAAGAAGGGUGUAUCUUCAUCCACACACCCAUCCUGACGUCCAGUGACUGCGAAGGAGCUUGUGAGACAUUUAAAGUGGAGCCAUCUCAAGCGGAGCUGAGAGCAAAGAUUUUGCCUGACGAGGGCAGUGACUACAGCGAUGAUGAUGAACUGUCCCGUGGACCUGUCACUGACAUGAGUAAUGAGGAGAAAGUUCUAGGGACAAAAGAGUUCUUUAACAGUCCCACCUACCUGACAGUGUCGGGACAGCUGCAUCUUGAAGUCAUGACAGGAGCUAUGAACAAAGUGUACAACUUUGGGCCGACAUUUCGUGCAGAGAACUCUAUCGGUAGUUUUCACCUGUCAGAGUUCUACAUGGUGGAGGCUGAGUAUGCCUUUAUGGAGCGACUCGGAGAUCUGUUGACGGACAAAGUGGAGAAAACAAUGUCGGCUGAUUUCAAAAGAAUCACGUACACCGAAGCCAUCGACAUUCUCACAAAUGCUGCAGCAAAUUUCCGCUACAAAGUCUUUUGGGGCUGCGACCUAAAGAAGGAGCAUGAGAUGUACCUGACUGCGGCCCUGGGUGAGGUGCCAGUGUUUGUCACAGACUACCCUGCGCAGAUCAAGCCCUUCUACGCCCGCAGGAAUGAUGAUGAUGUCACAGUACCUGGAGCUGCGCCAGUUUGGCACAUGCCCUCAUGGUGGUUUUGGCCUUGGUUUUGAGCGCCUGCUGCUGGGAAUGCUGGGUGCUCAAAGUCUCAAAGAUGUGAUCCCGUUCCCCCGAUGGCCAGGGCGAUGUCGGACUUGAUGAUUUUUGAUUGGACAAUGUCUGACUAGAUAUGUGACUGAAUAAUGUUAGUUGGAUGGGAUAUGAUGGAAAGAUGUCAAAUGCGAUGGGACGAUGUCAGACUUGAUGAUAUGUGAUGGGAUAAUGUUAGACUUGAUAUGUGAUGGGAUGAUGUCAAACACAAUAGGAUGUGAUUUGACAGUAGGAUGAGAUGGAUGAUUUUGAUUUAUGGGAUGUGAUGGGAUGACAGGAUGUAAUGGAUAAAGUUGGACGUGAUAUGGGAUGUGAUGGAUGAUAUUGGGUGUGUUGUGGGAUGAGAAGGGAAGGUUGAACAUAAUGAUAUGGUCAGCCAGAUGUGAUGAGUCUAAGGAACUGGGAUUGAACACCAAGCUGAGAAUCUUCAAAACAAACGUGAAGACUGUCCUACUGUAUGGUUCA